AUGACCAAGGACAACUUCGGCUACGACCUGCCGGCGGUGGAAGCCGCCAUGAAGAAGCACGAGGCCAUCGAGGCGGACGUGUCGUCGUACCGCGAGCGCAUCCAGGCGGUGGCGGAGCUGGCGCUGGAGGUGGAAGCGGAGAAUUACUACGACGCCAAGCGCGUGGCCGCCCAGCGCGACAACGUCCUGCGCCAGUGGGGGCUGCUCAGCCAACUGCUCCGAGCCCGCAGAGCCCGCCUGGAACAGCACCUCGCCCUGCAGAGGGUCUUCCAGGAGAUGGUCUACAUGAUCGACUGGAUGGAGGAGAUGCAGGCGCCGCUGCUGUCCCGGGAGCUGGGGAAGCACCUGCUGGAGGUGGAGGACCUGCUGCAGAAGCACGCGCUGCUGGAGGCCGACAUCGCCGCACAGAGCGAGCGCGUGCGAGCGCUCAACGCCGCCGCCCUCAAGUUCACCGAGCUGGAGGGAUACCAACCCUGCGACCCCCAGAUCAUCUGCAACCGCGUGAACCACGUGCAGACGUGCCUGCGGGAGCUGGGCGAGCUGGCGGCCAAGAGACGCCAAGAGCUGGAGGACUCGCGCCGACUCUGGACCUUCUUCCAGGAGAUGGAGGAGGCCGAGGCCUGGAUCCGCGAGAAGGAGCAGAUCUUGGCCUCCAAGACCUGCGGCCGCGACCUGAGCAGCGUGCUGGCCUUGACGGGCGAGCACAAAUCCAUGCUGGGCGAGCUGGGCAACCGGCGCGCCUCGCUGCACCAGACGAUGAAACGAGGCGAGGAGAUCUUGGCCAAGAAGGGCUCCGGGCCCGACGGGAUCCAAGAGAAGAUCCGCGCCGUCCGCUCGCGCUGGAAGAAGCUGGAGGAGGCGGUGGGGCUGCACCAGCAGAAGCUCCAGGAGGCGCUGGGCUUCUUCCAGUUCAGCGCCGAGACGGACGACCUGGUGGCGUGGCUGCAGGACGCCUACCGCAUCGUCUCCAGCGACGACUUCGGCCACGACGACUACUCCACCCAGAGCCUCCUCCGCAAGCACCGCGCCGUGAUGGACGAGGUGGAGCGGCACGGCGCGGCGGUGGCCACCCUCCGGAGGCAGCUGGGCGCCCUGGCCCCCGAGCACCAGCGCGGGGUGGAGGUGCAGAUCCGGGUGGUGGAGGUGGAGCAGCUCUACGGGGAGGUGGCCGAGGUGGCCGUGCUGCGGCAGCAGUGGCUGCGCGACGCGUUGGCCGUCUACAGGAUGUUCAGCGAGGUGCGCGCCUGCGAGGUGUGGGUGGACGAGAAGGAGCAGUGGUUGCAGAGGAUGGAGGUGCCCGAGGAGCUGGAUGAGGUCGAGGUGGUGCAGCACAGGU